AUGGCGAAGGAGGAGGAGAAGCAGUCGAAGCCCCAAGACAAAGGCAAGGGCAAGGCGGUGGAGGACAAGCAGACCAACGGCGUCAACGGUACCAAGGCGGCAGGCAAGGAUGGCGACAAGAAGGCAGACCACGACCUCCCACCCGACCAGCUUAACGAGGAAGACCAGAAACUCAAGGAUGAGCUGGACAUGCUGGUGGAGCGGUUAACAGAGAGCGACAAGUCAUUAUACAAGCCGGCGCUCGAGGCGAUCAAGACCAGCAUCAAAACGUCGACCAGCUCCAUGACCGCCGUACCCAAACCCCUCAAAUUCCUCCGGCCGCAUUACGAGAAGCUGUGUCAGGCGUACGAGUCAUGGCCGGCGGGCGAUGACAAGGACAGUCUCUCGGAUACGCUGUCGGUGUUGGGCAUGACAUAUUCGGACGACGAAGACAGACGAGAUACGCUCAAGUUCCGCUUACUGUCCAAGCAUUCCGACUUCGGCUCGUGGGGUCAUGAGUACAUGCGGCAUCUAGCGUUGGAGAUUGGGCAAGAGUACCAGAAGCGGCUGGACGACGAGCAAGAUGUGGAGGACCUCGCACAGCUCACGCGCUCACUCGUCCCUUACUUCCUCUCACACAACGCGGAAGCCGACGCCGUAGACAUCCUGUCCGAGUUGGAGAUGAUCGAAGAAAUCAAGCAAUACGUCGACAAAGACACUUAUGCACGAGUCUGCCUAUACAUGGUCUCCAUGGUGCCCCUCCUGACCUACCCGGACAACGACCGCUUCGUCCGCACCGCCCACGACAUCUACCUCCAGUACGAGCAACUCACGCAAGCCAUGUCACUCGCCAUCCGACUAAAUGAUGCCGACCUCAUCAGAUCCGACUUCGCCUCUACAUCCGACAAAGCGCUCCGGCGACAACUCGCCUUCAUCCUCGGCCGCCAAAGAAUCUGCCUCGACUUUAGCGAAUUCGAAGCGGAAGACCCGGAACUACAGGACUGUCUCAACAACACCAAACUCCCCGAACACUUCAAAUCCCUCGCCAAAGAACUUAACGUCCUCGACCCGAAAGUGCCAGAAGAUAUCUACAAAUCCCACCUCGAGUCCUCCCGCACAGCCGGGCUGACGAACACCGACUCCGCCCGGCACAACCUCGCCUCCGCCUUCGUCAACGCGUUCGUAAACGCCGGGUUCGGCGAUGACAAGUUGAUGUUGGUCGAAGGCGGGGUGAAGCAGAGCUGGGUGUGGAAGGUGAAAGAAGACGGCAUGACCUCCACCGCGGCCUCGGCGGGGAUGCUGAUGCUGUGGGAUGUCGAGAUGGGGCUGGAUAAGAUAGAUGCGUAUACCUAUGUGCCUGAGGAUCAGAUCAAAGCCGGUGCGUAUCUGGCGAUGGGGAUUAUGAAUAGUGGUGUUCGCCUCGAUUCGGAUCCCACGAUGGCGUUGUUGGGUGAUUUGGAAGGAAAGAGUGUGGCGGUUAAGGUCGCUUCGAUCAUGGGACUUGGGUUGGCUUACGCGGGUUCAAACAAUGAGGAUUUACUCGAGUUGCUUUUGCCGCUUGUGACGGAUACCUCGCUCGAUAUGCAGAUCUCCGCCAUGGCUGCGCUGUCGCUGGGGUUCAUCUUCGUCGGCAACGCGCAGUCGGAUGUUUCGGAAGCUAUCAUUCAGACUUUCCUGGAUGAGGACCGGAACAAGCAGCUCAAGGAUAAGUGGACACGGUUUAUGACCUUGGGUCUUGCGUUGUUGUACUUUGGCCAGCAAGAAGAGGUGGAUGUGGUGCUCGAGACGUUAAAGGUAAUCGAGCACCCCAUGAGCAAACCCGCGAGUGUGUUGGCGGAGAUUUGCGCGUGGACUGGCACGGGCGCUGUACUGAAACUGCAACAAUUGCUCCACAUCUGCAACGACCACAUCGAGGAGAAAGAAGACAAAGACGGCGAAGACACAGACGCGGACAAGAACGACGAUACUGCGGAAGACAAGCGAGAUGUCUCCGGCGACCAACUCGUCCAAUCCUACGCCGUCAUCGGCCUCUCCCUCGUCGCCAUGGGCGAAGACGUAGGUCAAGAAAUGGUCCUCCGCCAAUUCGGCCACCUCAUGCACUACGGCGAGCCGAACAUCCGUCGCGCUGUGCCUCUAGCCAUGGGAUUGAUCUCCCCCUCCAACCCGCAAAUGAAGGUCUACGACACUUUAUCCCGCUACUCCCACGACAACGACCUCGACGUGGCGGUGAAUGCGAUUUUCGCUAUGGGCAUGUUGGGCGCGGGGACGAAUAAUGCACGCCUUGCGCAACUGCUGAGGCAGUUGGCUAGUUACUAUCACCGCGAUGCGGGGGUGUUGUUCAUGGUGCGUGUGGCGCAGGGGUUGGUGCAUAUGGGGAAGGGCACACUCAGCAUAAACCCCUUCCACACGGACCGCACUGUACUCUCUCGAGUCGCUUCCGCGGGCCUGCUCACGGUGGCGAUCUCCCUGAUAGAAGACCCGAAGAAGUUCAUCUUGGGCGACAACCACUACUUACUCUACUACCUAGUCACAGCCAUGCACCCCCGCUUCCUCAUCACGCUCGACGAGGAGCUCAAGCCGCUGCAAGUCAACGUCCGCGUCGGGCAGGCGGUGGAUGUUGUCGGCCAGGCGGGGAGACCCAAGACGAUUACGGGCUGGCAGACGCAGAGUACGCCUGUGUUGUUGGGGUAUGGGGAGCGCGCCGAGUUGGAGGAUGAGGAGUGGCGGUGUUUGAGUAAUGUUAUGGAGGGGAUUUGUAUAUUGAGAAAGAACCCGGAGUGGCAGAAGCCGUGA